AUGGCGAACAAACCACCUGAUGAAUUCAACAAAGAUGACACAUUGCCACUCGCAAUAGUCGGUUUGGCCUUUGAAUUUCCCGGGGGAGCUGCUUCGGAAGAGCGCUUCUGGCAGAUGCUAUGUAGCGGGGAAUGCGCAAGUGCCGACUUUCCUCAAAGCCGCUUAAAUAUCGACGCGUUCUAUCACCCGGAGGAGGGCCGCCCAAGCUCGAUACCUCUCCGGGGUGGGCACUUUCUUGAUGAAGAUCUAGGUGCAUUUGAUGCUCCGUUCUUUUCUAUCACGCCCGGGGAAGCAAUGUGUAUGGACCCACAACACCGCCGGAUGCUCGAGGCUGCCUAUCACGCUUUAGAAGAUGCGGGUAUUCCAAUCGCCAAAUGCUCUGGCUCCGAUACCUCAGUAUAUACUGGAUGCUUUACGAAUGACUAUCUUAGCAUCCUGCAGCAAGAUUAUGAGGCAGAGCAGAGACACGCUGUUAUGGGGAUCGCCCCAUCUAUGUUAGCGAACCGCGUGAGUUGGUUCUUCAACUUCAAGGGGACAUCGAUGAAUCUAGACUCUGCCUGUUCUAGUAGUCUUGUCGCGCUCCAUCUAGCUUGCCAGGACUUACGGGCGGGUACAACGUCCAUGGCACUAGUCGGGGGUGCCAAUCUUGUCUAUCACCCUCAUUUCAUGAAAUUUAUGUCUGAUUUCAACUUCUUGUCACGCGAUAAUCGUUGUUGGAGUUUUGACGAACGUGCAAAUGGCUAUGCCCGCGGAGAAGGGAUUGCCGUACUCAUUAUAAAGCGUUUGUCGGAUGCGCUGCGAGAUGGGGACACAAUUCGAGCAGUGAUCCGGAAUACGGGGUCUAAUCAAGAUGGGAGAACGCCCGGCAUCACACAGCCAAACGGGGACGCACAAGUCAGCCUCAUUAAGCAAACAUAUCGGCAAGCUAACCUCGAUAUGGAACCGACCAGGUUCUUUGAAGCUCAUGGGACUGGCACACCAGUUGGCGAUCCUAUCGAGGCAAAUGCAAUCGGCACAGCAUUUCGCCAUUGUCGAAGCUCGAAGGACCCCCUCUAUAUUGGGGCCGUGAAGGCGAAUAUUGGCCAUUUAGAAGGCUGUAGUGGCCUCGCAGGAGUGAUUAAGACCAUUCUGGUUCUUGAAAACGGAGUCAUCCCUCCUAUUUCUGGCUUCAAAUCAUUGAAUGGCUGGAUUAACUCGCAUGAACUACAUCUUGAGGUGAGCUUUGAAUUUCCAACGAAAACUGUGCCGUGGCCAAAAUCAUCGAUCCGUCGAGCCUGUGUUAACUCUUUCGGAUUUGGGGGCACGAAUGCGAUUUUGAUUAUUGACGAUGCUCGUAAUUAUCUACAGCUCCAUGGCCUGCAUGGCUGUCACCGUACACGAGAAAGCAUAGCCCUGAACGGCUUUAGCUCAGAUUCCAAUUGGCAUCAAGACAACAUAAUCACGGAAAGCGAAGAAUUCCAAACACAUCAACCCAAGCUGCUUAUCUGGUCGGCCCAUGAUGAGUCGAGCGCACUUAAGUUAUCCGAUGCUUAUCGUCAAUUUCUCACCCGAAACCAAUCGGGUAUUGAUGACUUGGCAUAUCACUUGGUAGAGAAGAGAAGCAAUCUUGGCUGGAGGGUAUUUUCCGUCAUGGGUACGGGUAAAAUUGAUGCGAAAACCAUAAGAGAUGUAGAAAUCGCUGCCCCUACGAGGGCAACGGAUGGGGUACAUGUUGCAUUUGUGUUCACGGGACAAGGGGCACAGUAUUUUGGUAUGGGUCGCCAGCUGCUUACUUUCCCUGUCUUCCGACAGAGCCUCGGUGCUUCGAACGGCAUUCUCAAGAAUCUUGGUUGCCGAUGGUCUAUCUUUGAUAUGAUGGAAACCUGUCAUGACCAGAAAUAUGAGGCCCUAGUCAACUUACCUGAGUAUGCCCAACCGCUCACGACCUGCCUACAAAUUGCGCUAGUGGAUCUUUUGGAGAGCUUUGGCAUACUUCCCUCAGUGGUCUUGGGACAUUCUUCCGGGGAGAUCGCAGCAGCUUAUACAUCUGGAGCGCUUUCCCAAACUUCAGCCAUCAAAAUCGCCUAUCACCGAGGCGUCUUGUCGUCCAAGCUUGCAUCUAGGGCCUCGGGCCUGACCAUGAUGGCUGUCGGCCUCUCAAAGCAGCAAGUAAUCCCGUAUCUGAAUCGUUUAGAGAAGUACGAUGGCUCACUCCGAGUUUCCAUCGGCUGCAUCAACAGUCCUAAGAGCGUUACGUUGAGCGGUGACGCUGUUGGACUUACAAAGCUAGAGCAGUGGCUUCAGGAUGAUGCAGUCUUUUCUCGAACACUUCACGUUCCUAUUGCUUAUCAUUCGAGCUUUAUGGAUUCAAUUGUCGAUCAAUACACUUCUUCACUUGGUGAAAUUGAUAGAGGAUCCGGCCGCGUCUCGGGCAUGACGUCUGUACCCAUGAUUUCAUCAGUCACUGGUGACAUUAUCACAGCACAGUGGCUUGCCACCCCUCGCUAUUGGGUAUCAAACCUAACCUCGCCCGUUGACUUCGAAGCGGCAAUCCUCAGACUUCUAUCUCAGGCAGGCAAGGCCCCGCGCAAAAAGCUUGGGAAAGCUGCGUUUCUCAACCCAACUGCUACGCACUUCUUGGAGAUUGGACCACACAGCGCUUUACGUGGUCCAAUACGCGAGAACUUGGAGACGUUUACAGGUCUCCAGAAGCCGACAUACCUUUCUUCCCUCACACGUAACCAGAGCGCUACAAUCUCACUGCUUCAUGCAGUAGGAACCCUCUGCAGUGCUGGCUACCCGGUAGAUCUUAUGGCAACUAAUAAACUUAGAGGAUCGUCGCCGAGACCAACACCAGAAAACUUGCCCAGGUACCAAUUCAAUCAUUCGCAAUCUUAUUGGCACGAGGGCCGCCUGAGUAGGAACUUCCGAUUUCGCGAAACUGCCCGACAUGAUCUUCUUGGGACGCGCUCUCUUGACUGGAAUCCACAUGUAGCGCAGUGGCGUAACGUCAUGCGCCUAGCUGAAGUUCCAUGGAUUGAAGAUCAUACCAUUGGCGAUUCUAUCAUAUUUCCAGCCGCCGGGAUGGUCAUCAUGGCCAUUGAGGGUCUCCGUGAGCUGCUUGGGGUUUCAAGCUUGGCUUCUAUACAAGGAUUCCAGCUUAAAGACGUCUCUUUCUCCCACCCCAUUAGCUUCCCACGCGAUAAAGGCCAUGUCGAGGUCCAGUUAACCAUAUCAACGUCUUCAAACCCAUCUAAUUCAGCAGCACCGUCUCAAUUCCGCCUGUUCGUAUUAGAGAACAAUACCUACGUGGAAUGUAGCAGUGGUUAUAUUCAGGCCGUCACGACAGAUACGGGCAGGCAAAAACUUUCUUGGGUGUCUACGGCCAGCUGGAUUGAUCAAGUUUCAGGGGCUUGCCAAGGAUUAGACUGCCAAGACCCCUAUAAAAUGUCAAUGGGGACCGGAGCGGCACUCCGGUAUGGGCCAGCCUUUCAGAAUAUCGAGGAUAUGCGCAUUGGAAAGACAGGUGAGGCUGUUGCUCGAAUAAAUACAGAGUCAUGGAAACGUAAAGCUGCGAAUUCGGACACAUUCGGCCCUCACUACGUUGUUCAUCCCUGCACUCUUGAUGGGCUGGCACAGUUGAUGCUGCCAAGCCUGACUGCGAUGCACCAGAGCCUCCCACCCAUGGUUCCUAUCCACGCCGAUGGCAUUUGGAUUGAUUGCAGUAGCCCUAGCUUGCGCAAUGGUUUAAUCUCUGUGACUUCCAAAUGCCGUCUACGAGGUUACCGUGGCGCUUCAGCCGAUAUUGCAGCAACAGCUCCUGGCUCUACGACUCCUCUUAUCUAUCUAGACGGGAUGAAGACAGCCUUCAUUGGUAGCACCGAGGCUUCGGAUUCACAGGGACUCAGCCCGCGAAGAUUACAUACGAGACUUAUCUGGAAGCCCGACGUUGGCAUGAUGGAUAAUGAGAAUUUGCGCCUUUAUUGUCUGUGGCAGAGGCCUAAGCAACCCGCAAACGCUGCCCAAACAUUCCUUGCAAUAAACUCCGUCAUCAUGUAUACUAUCAAACGGGCGUUAGAAUUCCUAGACCAUCACCCGGAGUCAACGCUUCCCAAACAUCUCGGGCUGUAUGUAAGAUGGAUGGAGAAUCAGCGGCAGCGACUCCACAAUGGAGAAGCGGCAGUUUCUCCAGCAUCUGUUCAGCAACUCGAGGAUGGCACCUUUAGGGAGCAGCUAAUGAAUAAGAUUGACAAUUCAAACGCUGAAGGGCAUUUCUUCAUCGAGUUUUGUCGAAAUCAUUUAGGAAUUCUGUGCGGUGAUGUUGAUCCUCUUGAUGUUAUGUUUAGAGAUCAAUUAUCUGAACGCUAUUACUCCGAAGUCCUCGCCAAUGACAUCCACUCUUACCCCACGCUAAGGUAUAUGGAGUUGCUCAGUUUCAAGAACCCAUCCAUGAAGAUUCUAGAAGUGGGAGCAGGCACUGGUGGUCAAACAUUACGUCUGUUAGAGGCGAUGAGCACCGAUGAUGUCAGGAAGUGGGCUCAGUAUGAUUAUACCGAUAUCUCGCCCGAGUUCUUCGAUCAAGCUCGAAAGAAGUUUAGUCAAUAUCUCAACCAGAUGCAGUUCCGCGUUUGCGACAUUUCCAGAGAUCCAGCUUCACAAUCAUUCGAGCUAGGAAGUUAUGAUCUUGUAAUCGCGUCACAUGUCUUACACGCGACAGACGAUCUAGACGAAUCAUUGCGUAACAUCCAUAAGCUUCUCAAGCCAUGUGGCAAGCUUCUAUUGCUAGAGACCACCGAUCCUGAGGCAGUCCACGUUGGCUUCGCUUUCGGUCUGUUGAAGGGUUGGUGGAAUCCUCUUGGCCAUGACACGUCCCGCUCUAAGAACAGCCCUUGCUUAACAGUCGAGCAGUGGCAUCAGCGUCUUUUGAGAACAGGAUUCUCGGGCGUGGACGUGGAAUUUGCAGGUCAAGAGAAUCCAGCAUGUCAAUAUACCAGCAUCAUAAUAUCUAGUGCCGUCAGUAAUGAUGCACAGCCGAAUGGAAGCACAGAACAGUCUUUUAUACCGCAGCUCCAAGAUAUAAAUGUGUUGGUCGAUGGAAACAUAAAUUCCCAACACAGAAUGGCCAGCUUUCUCCGCGACCAAUUCCAUCCAUCCCUUUUCGUAUGUACGACACACACACUGAUCGAUUUCAGCAACACGGAACAGCCCACCGACCUUGGUCUCAAAACCUCAGUUACCAUCUCCCUCUUGGAGUUUGACGGUUAUUUCAUCGAUGGGAUAUCCAAGGCGGAUUAUGAUCAGUUACAAUCAGUUCUACUGCUGUUUCCUAACGUGAUUUGGGUAACCAGAGGAAGGCCACGGGAUCCUCGGCACUCUCUAAUAGAGGGCCUCGGCCGAGUCUUGAUGUCAGAAGAUUCCUCGCGAAAAUUUGCCAUCCUUCGCUUAAGCCAGGAGGAAUAUGGAGGUGAUUUGCGUCCAAUCUCACAUGUCAUUCGUGAGCUCGCCCAGCGUCUCAUUGACUCAUCGGUUGAAGACCUCGAAACCAACUAUGUCAUUGAGCGGGGUAUCCUUCUCAUCCCGCGUGUUGUAGAGAAUUCUUCGCUAGAUAGUACCAUUUCUCAGGCCAUCUUGCCAUAUCAAAAGCAAGAGUGUCGACCAGAUGGGAAGAUACAGCUGUCGCUUCGACAAGACUCACUAAAGCAUCUUAACACAGCUGGGUGCCAAUGGGUCGAGGAAGAAGUCACAGAAAAAAGCGACGCCGUUCAUUUCAAUGAUGACGAAGUUCUCGUUCAAGUAAGAGCAAUUGGUCUUACGUUCAGAGAUUAUCUUGUUAUCACCGGGGAAUUGGACCAGGUCGGACUGGGGACAGAGUGCUCAGGGGUCGUCCAAUCAGCCGGCGGCUCCUCAGGGGCACGUCCAGGAGACAGGAUAUGUCUUAUCGCCUGUCCGACGACGGCGUCCACAGUACGUUGUAGAAAGGGUGCCUUCUCGCCAAUACCCUCACAAAUGAGCUUCGCCGAGGCUGCUUCAAUGCCCAGUGCGCUGUGGUUAGCUUAUCACGCCCUCGUCCAUGUAGCCAGGUUACAGGAGGACGAGACCGUCUUGAUCCAUAAGGGCUCAAGCUGCGUUGGUCAAAUGUCGAUACAACUUGCUAGGAGGCUUGGUGCGCACGUGUUAGUUACAGUCAGCUCAGAAUCAAGCCGCACCCUUCUCCGCGACCAUUUCCACGUGCCCGAGACGGCGAUCCUGCAGAUAGAUAGCAAUGAUGAGUGUGGCUCAUUGAUCAAAAAGUUAUGCCGAGAAACAGAGGGGUCCGGAGUUGACGUCGUCAUGGGGCCACUUACAGAUGCAACUUGCAGCUCAGACGACUUUUUGCCUUGUCUCGCACCAUUUGGUCGGCUCGUAGAUAUCAGUCUCCAAGGCACAAAGUUGAACUCACGGUCGCACGCAGGUGUUAUACCGGAGCCAAUCAAUACACCAGCGAAUGUCUCACGAGCACGUAUAGAUAUGGUUGACCUUUUGCGGCGCAAGCCCUCCAUGUUCUACAGGACCUUUCAAGAAGCUAUAAAGAUUGCUUUCUCCGAGGACUUCCAGAACCCACAGCCUCUUCGUGUGUUUAACGCAAAUCAGAUUAAUGCUGCGUUUGAUCAUUUCAUUGCAUGUAAUACGAUCGGCAAGAGGAUCAUUGAGCUUGAUCCUGAUUUUCCCAUCCUUGCAGACGUCAAGACGAGAUCUAGAUACACCUUUUCUGCUGAUGCUACCUAUGUCAUUGCUGGCGGCUUUGGCGGUCUGGGUAGAAGUAUUGCGCGAUGGAUGACAAGUCGUGGGGCUCGACACCUCGUUCUCCUUUCCCGUUCCGGGGCUCACCGGCCAAAAGCUAAGGCUCUUGUCCAGGAACUGGAAGAAAAAGAUGUUUAUGUUUCAACGCCUGAAGCCGAUAUCAGCGAUAUCAACAGCCUUAAACGCGUACUUGAAAAUUUGAGAAUAACCAUGCCCCCUAUCAGGGGUUGCGUCCAAGCCACGGUGGUUUUGAGGGAUAACUUAUUUCAAAAUAUGACCUAUGACGAUUGGGUUGCUAGUAUGCGCCCUAAAGUAGCUGGUUCCUGGAAUCUCCAUGAACUUCUCCCUUCAGAUCUUGACUUCUUCAUUAUGCUGUCCUCCAUCAACGGCAUUUUUGGCGGCCGCGCACAAGCCAACUACGCGUCUGGAAACACGUACCAGGAUGCGCUAGCUCACUAUCGAAUAUCGCACGGACAAAAAGCGGUAUCUAUUGACCUUGGCAUGAUGGUAUCGGAGGGUGUGGUAUCCGAAAAUAAAGACCUUCUCUCAUCGAUGCGACGUAUUGGCCAUCUUAUGGACAUUGAGCAGCAAGACUUCCUUGCGCUGCUAGAUCAUUAUUGUGACCCUAACCUACCUCUAAGCGACACUUAUGCCCAAGUUCUCGUUGGUAUUGAGAUGCCUUCGGCCAUUUUAGAGAAGGGUAUUGAUCUCCAUCACUCAAUUCGCCGCCCCUUGUUCCGUCAUCUAUAUCGCCUAGGAUUGAAGGAAAACGGGCAGGCUACCACUGGCACCAGCCACAACCUAGUUACAGCGGAUAAAGGGGCACAGUUGCAAGGGGCAGUGUCAGAACAAGAAGCCAUCCACCUCGUCACGGAAUGGCUCUCAGCCAAGGUAGCCAGCAUCCUAGGCCUUCCCGAGACAGAAAUUAAUCCCAGCAAGCCAAUCCAUACCUAUGGGAUUGACUCUCUAGUAGCGAUUGAUCUGAAAAAUUGGUUCUCGAGGGAGAUCGGAGCUGAUGUGGGUGUUUUCAUGCUGAUGGAGAACAUGCCACUCGAUCAGCUUAGUGCAGAGGCAACCAAGAAGAGCCGGUAUCGACAAAGCAGUUGCUAGUAAAUAGAAUUCAAACGUGGUAAGGCGUUCA